AUGGCGUCUGAAUCAUCUAAGGUUGUCCCUCUGACUUGCCAUGGACAUUCUCGCCCUAUUACCCACCUAAGCUUUUCUUCCCUGGUGGAGGACGGUCAAUACUACCUGAUUUCAGCAUGUAAAGAUAAUAAUCCGAUGCUCAGAGAUGGAGUGACUGGGGACUGGAUUGGCACAUUCAUGGGCCAUAAAGGCGCAGUAUGGCAGGCUCGCCUUUCGUCGGACGCGACAAUAGCAGCGACUGCUGCUGCUGAUUUCUCUGCGAAAGUUUGGGAUACGCACACAGGAGAGUGCUUGCACACUCUCCAACAUGGCCAUAUCGUUCGUGCCGUCGCAUUCCCUAUGCAGACUAACCCUCAAAUACUCGCGACUGGCGGAAUGGAGAAGAAGCUUCGCAUUUUCGAUCUUUCGCAAAGCGGAACGGGCAGCUCUCCAUCUCCAACUUCACCGUACGGGCCAACUGGAGGCAGCGGAGUGAAUGGUGGUGGAUCGGCAUCAACACCCAUGACAAGUUUUGAAAUUGGCCCAGGGGUACAUGGUGGUACCAUAAAAUCCAUCAUCUGGAACCAAGAUCACAAUAUUAUCACAACGGCCUGUGAAGAUCGAAAAAUUAGAUGGUGGGAUCUCCGUUCUCGUCUUCCUUUCGUGGAGUACACUGUCGAUGGUACGAUUGGGAGCUGCGAGCUGAACGCGCUCUCCACCUCGCCUAACGACCCAGGGAUCUUAAGUGUCGCUGCGGGGAAAUCUGCCUACUUCUUUGAAGGGACUAGUCCUGGCCGUUUGUAUAGAAAAGUGGACUUCAAAUAUGAAGUUGCAAGUGUUGCUGUGAAUAAUCAAACUGGAAGGUUUGUGACGGGAUCCGUGGGAGACACAUGGGCACGGGUGUACGAUUUGGAAACCAACGAGGAGCUUGGUAGGUUAUUUCUCUUUAUCCAAACGUCUAGAUUUCCGUAA